AUGUCUCGAAACCCCUUAUUCCUCCGUCUCCCUGGCUCCUCUUCCUCAUCAUUUCAAGAAGACGAAGACACUCUCUCCUCUCUGCGCAUCUCAUCUCUCUCCCUCGACCAUUCUCCCGCCAAAACGUGUUCCACGUCAGCGCCCGAAGAAGAUGAUGACGUGGAUUCUCUCUCCCCCUCGCCUUCAGCUAAAAAAGUCUCAUGGUCACUAUUUGAUCGUGUCCAACUAUCCGGCCAUCAAUUCCUGUUGCCACGUCGAUUUGAAGCCCGCGAGCUGAUUGUGAGCCCCGGAGGGCCUGGAAUGAGUUGUGCUGGAAGGCCGCCAACUUGUUCCGCGGUGGAUUUAAUGGAUGAGGAGAGUGUUAUGAUUAAGAAGAUAUCAUUGCAAGAUCCGAAAGUGGCGAGAGUUGAGUAUAGGAAUAUUAUCCUAUGUCGAUUGUUGCCACAUCCUAAUGUGAGUUGGGAUAACUUAAACUUGGGUUUAGCUAAGGUAGGCUUGGACUCCGUAUCCACAAAGCACACAAAUGUGUUGCCGCUCAGUGAAUUUUUUGCAAGAAUCGAGUUCAUUUAUCCUUUUUCAGCAAGUGUUUUUAGUAUUUCUGAAAAUAAAAAGUUUAUUUGCUCAAACUUCCUUGAACUUAAAAUUUGUUAUGAUUUCUGAAAUUAAUAUUUUUUCACUUCCUCUUAACAUUUUUCCCAGGGUUUUACUAUUUCAGGGAAAAAAUCCGAUGUAUUUUAAAAUCACAAGUUCUGGGAUGAAAGUUCUGAAAUAUAAAUUUUUCGAUAGCCUUCUGAAAAUGUAAAGAUGAUAUUUUUAAGAAUCUUUAAAUUUUUUUCUCAACACGUCAUUUUUUUCAGACAAAAAUAAAUAUGAAUUGCGAAUUCAUAGAGUUUUUCAUGAAUUUCUGAUAACAUUUAAAUUUAGAUUUUCUGAAAAAAAGUAUUUUGUAAUUUUUUGGUCCGAAAUUUCCUAGAAGACAAAUCAAAAGAAAUUUUCGAAAAAAAUCUGAACUUCAAAAAAAUAUUGACAUGAGCAAUCUGGUUUUGUUUGUUCCCUGAAGAUCUCAAAAUUAUCUUUAACAUGAGCAAUCCUCUCGUUUUCUCCAGAUUCUUCCCAUCAUCGAAGCCUACGAAGUGGAUUCCGCCUUAUACACGGUGACCGAACAAAUGGAUGGUCGUCUAGCGGAUAUCGUCGGCGAGCGACUCACACAUUUCGUCCUCGCAAAAAUUUGCCAUCAAAUUGUGGCCGCCGUUGCAAUGAUGCACAAAAAUGGAAUUGCACAUGGGGUAAGUCUAGAAGUCUUCUACAGUAACCAUAUCAAUCGCUUCAGGACCUGACUCUGAAUUCGAUUUAUGUGAACACUGAUGCUGAAUUGAGAUUGGCUUCUUAUGGAAAAACUGAUGAUUCGGUGGAAUGUUUGCCAGAGAGAUUUAGAGGUGAGUUUCGAGCGGAGCGAGUGUAGACCGCAAGCUUCCGUGAAUGCGGAAAGUUAUCCUAACUUUUUUGGAAAACUCAGAAAGAUAGGAAAACUUGUAGACCAAAAGCUUCCGCAAAGCAGCAAAGUUAUCCCAAUUUCUUUGAAAUUUUCAGACGAUCUCCUAGCCAUCGGCGCAAUUCUCUCUCGAUUUCUAAUGAACGAGGAUGAAAGUGCUCGAUUAUCAAAAUGCAGUCGAAAUCAAAAAGAUUUCGAUUGGCGGCCGGUUUUGGAAGGCAACAGUGAUUCUGGACUUCUAGAUUUUCAUGCGAGGAAUUUGCUAUUUCAACUUUUGGAUGGAAGAUUGACCUCUGCUGAAUUAUUGAUUCACCCGUAUUUCAAAUCAUUCCGAACACCUCAACAUCAAUUUGUUGAGCGGAAAUUGACGUGUGUUGGACAAAAAACUAAUGAUGAGGUUUUGGGUGAGUAACUAAAUUUCGGAUGAGAAGAAAAAAUUAUCAUUCUUUCAGACAAACUUCGUGAAGAACUACAACGGUUCAAUCCAUUCAGCAUGUCCGAAAUAAUUUUAUGA